UGUAUUGGGAUGAUAAUGCCACCGGUUUGGACGCAAAACACACGGGAUCCAAUUACUCACCAAGUCAAGUGUAGCUAUUUGAACCGUGUUCUUUGAAAAAGUUUAGCUGGUUAGCGCCUAAUCGGCAUCGCAUUGCGCAUGCGCGUGACUGCACACGAAAGUCACGGUGUUUUUUUCGGACUAGUUCCGUCCGAUUUCAGUUUGUAAUUACAUUUUCUGUCCUUCACAUUUUGUGUUACCAUAAGAAAACGAGGAGGGCUUGACCAAGCAGAAUGUUUGCAGAUGUAGAUGGCGUUAGUUGUUUAGUUGGCGUCUAGUUAUUCCGGACGCGUCUGUGUGAACACGGAAGUGUUUGCGAGGAUUUCUCUCUCUUCAGCGCCGUCUUCUUUUCCGAGGAACCCAUAACAUCAGUGUCGUGAACAUCAGAGGUAUUUCUGCGUGGCGUGAGAUUAAAUAGUACAAUGCCGUUCACGCAGAGAUCAAGCGGGACAAAUGUCGAGAGUGACAAGUAAAGGGACCCUGAUCCACCAUGGGGAACACGCCAUCCAAGAGUGGCAGCGCGAAGGAACCGGUCAAAACAACUUUGUUUCAGAGGGAAACGAGCGGCACAACAUACAGGAUUCCUGCUCUCAUUUAUCUGAGGCACAGUCACACCUUCCUCGCCUUUGCAGAGAAGCGAUCUUCUUCCUCGGAUUGGGAUGCCAAAGUUCUCGUUAUGAGAAGAGGAACGUUGAAAGACGAUGGAUCCGUUCAGUGGUCGUCCAGCCAGGAGCUGUCAACGGCAUGUCUAAAAUCCCACCGCACGAUGAAUCCCUGCCCGGUGUUUGAAAAAAACACCAAAACACUGUUCCUGUUUUUCAUCUGCGUCUGGGGGAACACCACGGAGCACAGGCAGUUCCUCACGGGCAAGAACAAGGCCCGCCUCUGCUGCGUCAGCAGCGCCGACGACGGCCAGACCUGGAGUCAAGCGAGAGACCUGACAGAAAGUGCCAUCGGGGACACCGUCCACAAGUGGGCCACGUUCGCCGUGGGCCCGGGCCACGGCGUGCAGCUGGAGAGCGGCAGGUUGGUCAUCCCGGCGUACGCCUACUACGUCCCUUACCGCUGCUGCUCCUUCCCCGUUCCCUUUACCGUCCACCCGCGCGCUCUGUCGCUGUACAGCGAGGACCUCGGCCAGUCGUGGCGCAUCGGUAAGAUGCUUCGGAAGAGGUCGUGCGAGUGUGAAAUGGCGGAGAUCAUAGACCACGAGGGCAGGAGCCACCUCUACUGCAACGCUCGCGGCGCCGGGGGCCACAGGUGCGAGGCCCUGAGCGAGAACGGCGGCGCGUGCUUCGACGCGCCCCGCGUGGCCCCGGAGCUGGUCGAGCCGCCCUCGGGCUGCCAGGGCAGCGUCGUCGGGUUCCCCGCGCCCGAGUUCGUCCCCAACGACGACGCCGAGAGCAAAGCGUGCGGCACGUCGCUCCUGUCCCCGGACGCGCAGACCUGGCUCCUCUUUGUGCACCCGACCGCCAAGUCCGGCAGGAGGGACAUGGGCGCGUACCUCAACCGGUCCCCGCUGCACUCGUCGGGCUGGGACAGGCCCAUGAUCGUCCACCGCGGGCCCAGUGGCUACUCCGACGUGGCCUACAACGGGGACAAGGAUCAGUUCUCGUGCCUGAUGGAGUGCGGGAAGGAAAGCGAGUUGGAGCAGAUCGCCUUCCUGUCGUUCGACCUGAACGACGUCAUGCAGACGGGCAGCAAGAAGGACAAGAAGAUGCGUUGAAUGGCGCCCGCUUUAUCCCCGUGUUGACAAAGCUCUUUCAGCACUAUUCUGCGACCUAUAAAAAGAACAAAGCAAAGCAAAAGCUCCCUAGGUUUGCCGUGCAGUGACAUCUGUCUGUGCUUACUGUUGUUCUGCAGCGUGGAGAUGGUAAUGCAUGCAUGAGUCGGGGGUUUUGUCGUCUCCUUGUUUACAUGGAAAAAGUAAUUCAAGUCUUAAUAGUGUUAACGUGUAAGGAAGGAACCAAUGAUUAAUAGGUCUGAUGGCUGAUUUUUUUAAAAAAAAUUUUUAAGCAUGCUGUGCCGGACUGUCAUCUUCAAAACAGGCUUUGUGUGUUGCAUGUUUGACAAAUCUGACAAAUAGUACUUUGUGCUCACCUCUGCUUCUCACAGUAUUAAACUCAGUAUAUUCCGAGGAGUGGAGUGAAUUUGCCUACCUCUUUUUAUUUUCAUAUGAAGAU